AUGGCUGCUCCUUCAACAUCAGGGACAGUUGUACCCGCUCAGCUCGGCUUUCUUGCCAUCUUCAACCCCACCCUGGGCAACACCGACGAGACCAUCGAAGACCAAAUUGUUUACUAUGCCUCUGUGACCACCCAGGCCUCGCAGAACAAGCGUCGGCGUACUCGUGGUCAGCUCACCCAGAAUAUUUCCCCCGAGGAGCGCAAUGAACGUUUGCGACAGAUCGGCCUUGCCCAGGGCAUGGCCAGCUUCAGUCGCGGUUUUGCGAGCGGUUCAUCAGUAGACACUAUCGACACUGAAAAGUCAAGAGUUGUGCUCCAUGAACUCGAACCUGGAUGGUGGAUUCUUGCAAGCAUCGACUUGACCAAACUGCCACUCCCUCCUCGGCUCGCUACGAAGAAGAGCGCGCCCGCCGAAGAACGAUUCGAAUACUCUAGCCGCGAGAUGAAACCCGCGAGUCUCUUGUUGCGCGAUCUCCUGCGGGCCCAUAGCAUCUUCCUCAUGCAUCAUGACUCGUCGCUGAGCGCCCUCUUUGUUCGCAACAGGCGAACCAAGUUCAUCACAAUACUUAGCCGCUACUGGGACCUAUACCUUUCCACAUGGAAUGUCAUGAUGCAUGGAAACCCGGCCCGCGAUAUCUUUGGAGGUGUCCCAAUCGCAUCCUCUGGUGAACUGGGGGUCGGUGUAGGAGAGGAAGAUCGCGGCAGUGGCGAGCGAGCAGUACUCGAAGGACUAGUUGGGAACAUAGAAGGGCUCGUUGAUCUUGUUGUCUCCAAAUUCGGUGACUACAACCCCGAGUCACCUCCUCCCAACGACACUUAUGGUGACCCUGAACAGUGGCUCGGAACCGGAAGAGAACCUGGUCCUGACGAUGGUGCCAUUUUCUUAGGAACGGGUGCUAUAUCCAGGAAAUCACUCAGAGAUGUGACACACUGGAUGGAGGAUCUGUAUACUUGGGGAAAUCACGCUUACGGAAUUAUCGAGAGCCCGACAUCCGUCCGGCGCGCGAAGAGAAAGAGAGCCGGUGAUCGCGCAUCACAACAAGUUCCCCAAGAACAAGCACAAGCAGCAACAGCCAAUGAACCCGCCAAGACGCCCACAGAACACGCGACCACAGAUGAUUCUGCUGGCAAAAACCAGCCACAGGAACAAACGCCUGAGGAUGGCAGGCUGGAUAAAAUGGUUAGCUAUCUCAAAUUGGGAUACGGCACUUAUUGGUCUUUGCCUGGAGGCGUUGGUGCUAGUGGUGACACUUCUCCCGACCAGCCAGAGACCACCAAGCAGGAUGGCAAGCCUGCCCAAGAUACCUCCAAAACCACUCGGCCGAACUUGACAGAGCGCACACCCUCAUAUGAGGCUGCUGGCCAUUAUCUUAUUGGGCUCAAGGGUGAAAUAGACCAGGAGUACAGCGGGACUGAUAGUGCAAGCUCUGACGAUGCUGGUGAUGGAGAAAACAAUUCCCGGACUGUCUUGCGAACCGUCAAUAUCGAGCUUGAGAGUGAGGCCUUGGACAGACCAGAGGCCAUAACAGUGCGUGACUUUGAACACCCUGCAAGUGCUCUUGUUCAAUCUCAGGUGGUUGGGAACAUGAUACCUGGCUACGAUUCACACGACCUCAACAAGGCCAUGAAGCUGCGUGUUGUCGUCUAUGUCAACCGGCCGUUUAUGUUUACCUUUUUGUUCAAUUUGCGAACAGACUCGCUGGCCAUGGAUUCUUUGUAUCGCUCCCUGCAUCAUCAACUGGCUCCUCUCCGCAAACCUCUUCUCCUCUCAACAAGGUAUCGUCCCGAGCGACCUGGUCUCGACAAUGGCUCUAGCAGCAACAACUUGACCAACAGUAUCUAUGAUCUCGUCUGGGAUCCUGUCUCUUUAACCGUUCACACAUCUAUACCUAACAUUCCCGAGUCUUAUGAUGAUUCGGAAACUUGGACCCGUUCUGACGCCCUCAGUACUCAUCUUCACCUUGUGAAUCUUUAUGUCGGUACUCGGUCCCGUUCCACUGCUCUUGAGCGCACUGAAAAGUCCAGUCGUGGAUGGUGGAUCGUCUGGACACGCUUGCUUGACCGCCUGGAGGAUGUUACCACAAAUAGCACCCUCUCAACCAUCCAAGAAGGCGGUGCUGGUGCAGAUACGGAAGACGACGGCGCUCUUGGAGAGGAGGAAAGAAAGUAUUCUGGUCCUGACUCGCGCCAUCCGGAUGUUGCCAAGGAGAUAUUCCUCAUCCGCCGUGCAAGUGACCACGUCGGCUUCCGUACUGAUACCACCGAGGGCGCAGGCAAGCUCGCUCAAGGCAUCGGUGUUGACACACGCCGCUAUGUAGAGGAGUUGCUGAACCUGCUGUAA